AUGCACACCUCUUCCAUCGCAACGGCCGGCCUCGUCGCUUCCGCCCUCUUCUCCACGGCAGCCUUCACCAAGCAGCCGAAGGGAGAGUACCUUGGUACAGUUCCUGUGGACCUCGCUGGUGAGAUCCAGAUCCCUGCGGCGGAGCUGGGUGUCGUUGUUACAUACCAGGAGGACGGAUCUGUGUAUGCGUACCAGGCAGGCAUCGGAAAGCGCGGUCUUCUUCCACGAGGCUGCUGGGGUGUGGAGAUUGGAGCCUGUUGUAUUGGCAUCUACUGCUCUGAGUCAGCUCCUGGCACUGACGCGAAGAGGGACGCCAAGGGAGGCGCCCAGUACGACACUGUCCAUGUUUCCGGGGACAGAACUGGAAAGAUUACGUCCCUGACUGUCUACCCCGACCGAUCGAUGGACAUGUCUGUGAGCAAGUUGGAUGGCCACGGAAAUCAUGUUGAGUACACAUGCAUCGGAGUUCAUGUGAGCGGCUGCUGCAUUGGAGUCUGUGUCCUGUGA